AGCGAUGCUGAAGCUUACCUGAGCAGCCUCUGCCAUGCCUGCCUGGGCAAGAGGUAAACUCCGGUGAAGGACGGGGUGGGCCCCCGCGCUUGCACUGCACGCACGCCCCAAAAAUAUCUACUCCUGCUACGGCCGGCGAAGAAAGGCGGCAGGUGAGCUGAGGUGAGGUGCGGCCUAGCUCCUAGCAGUAGCAGGUGUAUUCACCGACAUGAAGACCACCGUACCAUCAUGACCUUCUUGCAGCAGUGGCGAUCGAUCGGAGAUGAUGAGUCGGUCGAUCGGGAUGAGAUCAGAUCAGAUCGGAGGAGAGGAGCGCAACGCCACCAAGCAGGCAGGCAGACCGCUCUCGCGUCUCGUCGCGCCAUAAAUGCAGCGGCGACGGGGUAGUUGGCGCCAUAAAGGCCACCACCCCCUCUACUCUACCUGCUCCGGCUCUCCAUCCCAUCCCCUUUGCAUCGCUCCCACCACCCUCACCUCGCCUCCUGCUACUGCUGCGUCGCCGCCAAUUAAUUCCCCUCUCGGCUCGGCUCGGCUCGUCGUCACCGGCCUCGCCUCGCCUCGCCUACCCAACCGCACCCGCCGGCGCGUCGCCUGCUGCUGCAAUCGGAAGGAUUCACUGACUGGCUGGAGGAGCAAGAGGCUUGAGCUGGUCGGUCUCCGGGCAAGCCAUGGAUCCGUCGGGCGCGUUCCUGCAGCCGCAGCCGCAGCAAGGGAGCUCCUUCUCCUUCCCGCGGAGCUCCAGCAACGUCUCCCUGUCGUCGCUGGCCAGGAGCGGCAGCGGCGGGAGCGCCGGGCGCGGGAGGGGCGCCACCAGGGGCAGGAGGAUGAUGCGCAGGGUCUGCCGCGGCGUCAUCACCUUCAUCUUCGCCAUCGCUGGUCUGUUCCUGGGAGCGGUGACCGGCGGCCUGAUCGGGCUGGCCACGGAGAGCGGCCUGUUCCGCGGCACCGGCAUCGGCGCCAUCACCGGCGCACUCGUCUCCAUCGAGGUCGUCGACUCCUCCAUCCGGCUGUGGCAGGCCCGCCGCUCUGGGAUCUGGAGCAUCCUCUAUGUGCUGAACGUGAUCUACAGCCUCCUGACCGGCAGGCUCGUCCGCGAGAAGGUCGACCCGGCGGUGCAGCGGGUGGUCCGGAGCCAGAUGAACGCGGUGGACUCGUCACCGUUCAGGGAGUCGCCGGACCUGUUUGAGGUGGAGGCCACCAACGGCAUGCCGCGGGCGUCCAUCGACAAGCUCCCCGAGUCCUGGAUCACCGAGGAGUACAAGCGCGACGCCGUCGGCGACCUCUCCGGCUGCUCGGUCUGCCUCCAGGAUUUCCAGGUUGGGGAGAAGGUGCGGAGCCUGCCGGACUGCUGGCACGUGUUCCACGUGCCGUGCAUCGACGGCUGGCUGAUCAAGCACGGGUCCUGCCCUCUCUGCAGGAGGAAGCUCUAGACGCCCCGCCGCCACGACAUGGAUGCAUGCAUGCUUGCUUGCUGCGAGUCGAUGUGCCCUGUGUCACACUGCUGUGCUGCCUAGGAUGAGGAGAGGAUCUGGAGGAGGAGAAAGAGACUGACAUCUGUAGAACCCUUAAUUUAUAGAGAGCUUUUGCUUUUUUUGCUUCUGCUGCUGCUGCUGCUUGUACGUGUUCUACCUUUUUUUUUUGCAUCUUUUUUGAUCUAUAAUGCCUUCCUCUCUCGUGCGUUCUCUCCUGAUCAUGUAAUAUACCGCGUCUGCUGCUGCUGCUGCUGCUGAAAACGGAAAACCCUUGGACCGGCCGGCUUGUGCUUCGAUCUGCUGUAAUAUAUUACUUCAGUUUGUAUAUCAUCGCUGUUGGACA